AUAUUUCGAUAUUUCAGAAGUUUAAUUGUUAGAACAUGGCCGAGCACCCGUCCACGACCCUGUUUCGUGAUUAUAUUCGUAUAGAAACUGUUCAGCCUAACCCUGAUUAUCCUACGUGUAUGAAGUUUCUUGGUGAACAGGCUGAACGGUUAGAUCUACCUUUCAAGAUAAUAGAAUGCGUCGCUGGUAAACCUAUAUUUAUCCUAACCUGGGCAGGAACUCAACCAGACGCUCAAUCAAUCUUGUUAAACUCACACACUGAUGUUGUUCCAGUCUAUCCGGACUCAUGGAAGCAUCCACCAUUCUCCGCAUUCAAGGAUGAGAAUGGUGAUAUAUACGGACGAGGGACCCAGGACAUGAAGUGUGUUGGAAUACAACAUAUAGAAGCUGUCCGUCAACUCAAGGAGUCGGGACGACGGUUGAAACGAACCAUCCACCUCUCCUUUGUACCGGACGAGGAGAUCGGUGGGUUGGACGGGAUGAAGGUGUUCGUCCACACCAAGGAGUUCAAGGACUUGAAUGUUGGAUUUAUCCUGGACGAGGGUAUAGCAGUUCCUGAUGAUACUAUUCCAGUUUACUACGGAGAGAGGAAUGUUUUCUGGAUUGAGAUUAUUUGCCCUGGCAGCCCGGGACACGGUUCCAGGUUCUUGGAGAACAACGCGGCAUUGAAGGCGCAGUACAUGAUCAACAAGCUGAUGGAGUUUAGGGAUAAAGAGAAGAAAAGAUUACUCGAUAAUCCUCAGCUAACCCUGGGGGACGUUACCACAGUCAACCUCACCAUUAUGGAAGGCGGGGUUCAGGCUAAUGUUGUUCCUGAGAAAUUCAAGCUGACCUUCGAUAUCCGUAUCACCCCAACCACCAACAUUCAUGAGUUCGAGAAUAUGAUCAGAGGUUAG